AUGGUUGCAAUAUCUUUAAAUAAGCCUUUAACAGAUAAAUUUAAUAUGAGCGAACAACCAGAUGCUCAGAUAACAAGCAAGCAAAUAAUCGAUGAUGCAUUUAAUAGAUCCAACAGUUCAUCCUUUGUGCGACCGAAGCAAACGAUCCAGGAUCUCGAAGAACUUCAUGCUUAUCAACAGACAAAGCGAAAGGAAUACGAACAACAACUAAAUAAAAACAGACUCAAUUUUGGCCAGUGGAUACGAUAUGCACGAUGGGAACUAGAACACAAUCAUGAUUUUGCUCGUGCACGUUCUAUUAUGGAACGUGCUUUGGAUGUCAAUGUCGAAUACAUUCCCUUUUGGACUCAGUACAUCCAAUGGGAGUUGAUUGGCAAGAAUGCAAACCAUGCUAGGAACUUGCUAGAACGAGCGACUACCACUUUACCUAAUGUUAGUAAGCUUUGGUACUUGUAUGCUCAAACAGAGGAGAUGUUAAAGAAUUAUCUGGGUGUGCGUAGUGUAUUUGAAAGAUGGCUCCGUUGGCGUCCCGAUGAGCAUGCAUGGGAUGCCUAUAUUCGGUUUGAAACACGUUAUGAGGAAGUAGAAAAUGCAAGGCUGCUAUUUAAACGAUAUGUUCACGCAUUUCCCCAUGUUACCACAUGGCAAAAAUGGAUCGAUUACGAGUUGGAGAAUAAUGCUAAUGAUAUUGCUAUUAUUCGAGCGGUCUUUGAAGCAGCAAUUCUGGAUUGUUUGAUGCAUCCGUCUGCGAAACAACUGGUUGACAAUAUUGCAUUUGCCAAGUUGGCUGCUUUAUGGUUAAAAUGGGAAUUGAAAUGCCAAGAAUUGGAGCGAACCAAAAGCAUACGCCAGUUUUUAUUGCAAGAUGCCCGGUUAAGAAAUUCUACCCAAAUUCAAAAUGAGCUUUUAAUAGCCAUUAAUGAGUAUGAAAACAUCGCGGGAGAUAAAACAUCAAUCGAAGCAAGUGUUUUAGAGAAAAGAAAGGUAAAGUAUUUGGCGGAUGUCACCAAUGAUCCUACAAACUACGACUCAUGGUGGUCAUACAUUUCAAUACUUGUUCAAGAAAACAAAACGGAAGAGGUUCGAGACCUUUUUCAGAAAAUUGCAACUCUACAUCAGCCACAUGACGAAUACAAAAGUGAUAAAUGGAGAAAAUAUAUUAUGAUAUGGAUGAGGUAUGCUUUGUGGGAGGAAUUCGAUAACAGAGAUAUAGACGAAGCACGUCGUAUUUGGAAUGACUCUGUUAAGCUUCUUGCUAGCGCUAGUAAGAACACAUUUACAUCAGGAAAGCUUUGGAUUGCAUUUGCCAAAUUCGAAUUAAGAAGUGAUCCUGAAAACGGACUUGUUAAAGCACGGAAGGUGCUAGGAAGAGCCUUGGGCCACAUGAAUAAAUGUGGGCCUAAAACAAAUGUGUUGAGGUAUUAUAUAGAAUUGGAAAAAACCCUUUGCGAAUGGGAUAGAGUCCGCUCUAUAUACCAGAAAUGGGUUGAGUUAGCUCUUUUGUUUGGUGCUGAUUGCACAUCAGUUUUUAAAGAGUACUUGCAUUUUGAACUUUCGCUCGAGGAAGAUGCUCGAUGCGAAGCAUUGCUUGAUACUGCUAUGAAUCUAUGCAAAGACGAAAGUACCCUAGAAUCUUUGAACAGGAGCGAGAUAACUCAGCUUGCUGUUACAUAUUAUACAGAUAAUUUGAAAUUUGACAAAGUGCGGGAUAUUCAUAGGUCCAUGGUUACUGAGAAUCCGACAGUAACCAAUUGGGUCAAAUUAGCGUUGUUGGAAUCUACUAUACCUACAGCUACUCAACUAGAAGAGUUGUUGCAAGGUGAAGAUGAACUUGAGUUGAGCAUUGGACCUGCACAAAUUGAAAAUACCAGGGAAGUGUAUCGUGAAGCAGAAACUUUUUUCAAAAACUUUAGCUUCGACAACAACAACAAUAGCAACAGUAAUCAUGAUACUACUGGCAGCAGCAUGGAAAGUAGAAGGGCCAUUCUAGAGUCAUGGCGAGAAUACGAAGAAGUGAACGGAGAUGAAGAGAGCAUAGCGGAAGUUGUUCAAAAAUUGCCCAAAAGAAUCAAAAAGAGGAAAAAUGUAAAUGGUAUUGAAGAAGAAUACUAUGAAUAUGUUUUUCCUGAUAAUACAAACAAAACAGGGCUUGCACCUUCGUCACCAUCAGCAGCCCCAACAGCAACAUCAGCAACAACAUCAGCAACAACAUCAACAUCAAUAUCUUCUUCCUCGGCACCUCCAGCAUCGAUCAAUAAGUUUUUGGAGAAUGCAAAGAAAUGGGCAGCGCAAUCAUCAUAA